AUGGAGAACAUUGCGGAUCCCACGUACCGAAGGGAGCCAACAAGAUGCUUGGGAUAUUGUUCAAAGGGGUAUGUAGAACCGGCAACCCCGCAAGAAGAAGCUGCUUUGGAUCAAAAUCAAAGAAGCGUGCUAAAGGAGUCGAGAAGGUUGGACAAGAAAGCUCUCUUACUUAUGUACCAAGGAAUUGAUGAGAGCACUUUUGAGAAGAUUUUUUCUGCUGAAAAUUCAAAAAAUGUAUGGGGGAUUCUUCAAAAUACUUUCAAAGGAGUGGAAAAGGUGAAAAAAGUGCGCCUUCAAACUCUUAGGGCCAAGUUUGACGCAUUGAAGAUGAAUGAAUCCGAAAAUAUUUCGGAAUACUUCUCAAGGAUUUUGGUUGUUGUAAAUCAAUUAAGAAGAAAUGGAGAAAAUAUAGAUGAUGUAAGAGUAAUGGAGAAAAUACUACGAUCACUAGAUCGUAAGUAUGAGCACAUUUUUGUAGCCAUUGAAGAAUCAAAAGAUUUAAAGGCUAUGACUAUUGAUCAACUCAUGGGUUCCUUGCAAGCCCAUGAACAAAGAUUGCAAAAAAGGACUCAAAACUCUUUGGAGCAUGCACUACAAACAAAGCUUGCAAUGAAGGAAGAUAAUGAAGAAUCUCGUGGACAAAGAGGCCAAAGAGGUCGUGGCAAUUGA